CCGGUUUUACACUUCCGGUAAAUUAGCCAUGUGGUUUUGUUGACAAGCGAAGAAAUCGUAUUUUUCCUGAAUUGUGGAGAUACCAGAUAUUCUCAGCAUGUCACGCAUAAUUGUCAAGAACCUACCAAAAGGGACCAAGGAGGAGAAGCUGAGAGAGCUGUUCACUCAGAAGGGGGAGGUGACAGACUUGUCCAUGAAAUACACCAAAGAUGGCUUCUUCAGAAACUUUGCCUUUAUUGGUUUUAAAUCAGAGACCUCGGCACUUCAGGCCAUCAAGCAUUUCAACAACACCUUCUUUAAUAGCACGAAGAUGCAGGUUGAACUUGCAAAGGACUUUGGAGACAAGACCAAGCCUCGAGCUUGGAGUAAAUAUUCUUCAGAGAGUUCCUCCAAUCAGAAGAAAGCCAAGGCGGGGCAGACAGGAGGCCAGCAAAGUGCCGUGAAAGAUAAGAAACUGACAGCUGUGGAGAGGAAAAAGAAGGCCAAAGAAGAGAAAAUGAAAGAAUUUCUUGGUGAACUCGGAGAUGAUCCAGAGUUUAAGGAGUUUCUGGAAGUUCAUCAGAACGCUGCGACGAAAAGCACAUGGAGCAAUGACACGGGUCAAGCAAAAGUUGCCUCCCCUGACAAGCAGCUGAAGAAACGCAACGAUGUCACCUUUGAUGAUGAAAGUAGCAGUGGUGAAGAUGAUGAUGAUGAUGAUGAUGAUGAUGAUGAUGACAAAAGUGAUGACAGCAAUGAUGAAAAAAACGUGAAACAGUCAAAACAAACAGCAACAGCAAAGACAACGCUGUCCGACCUGGAGUAUUUGAAGACGAUGAUGACGUCGUCCGUACUGCUGAGUGAUACCAGUGAUUCUGAUGAAGACUCCGAUGAGGAUGAUGAUGAAGAAGCUCCCACAUCCAAGAAGAACAAACAGAAAGGCAAAGUGAAGACGAAGAAAAAGAGUACCAAGGGAGGUAACUCUGAUGAAACGCAAGAAAACUGGGGAAAGACAAUUGCUCAUAAACAGGUUGAAGAAAAGCCGAGAUAUGUGGCAAAGAUCCGAGGGCUGUAUGGAAAAUACAAUGAGAAAUUGAUCAAGGAGUUCUUCCAGCCCCUACACACCGUGUCCAUCAAGCUGCCCCGAAACGCUCGCAAGAACCUGAUCGGCGUUGCAUUUGUUGAAUUCUCCUGUGUCAAAGAUUUGGACCAAGCUUUGAGGAAAAACAAAACCUUUAUUAAUGGCAAGCGGAUCAGCAUGAAGAGAACUCAGGAAGAGGCUGACCUCAAGGUUACGGAGCAUGAACCGAGAGCAUGGGAACUGAAAAUACAACAAGAUCGGGCGGAGGAGGAUGAAGGAAUAGCGGAGUCUGGGCGGCUGUUUGUGAGGAACCUGGCCUACUGCUGUACAGAAGAUGACAUAGAUGCUUUGUUCAAAGAAUAUGGUCCCCUGACAGACGUGAGCGUUCCCGUGGACCCGUUCACCCACAAGGUCAAGGGCUUUGCUCACGUGACAUUCAUGAUGCCGGAGCAUGCUGUAAAGGCCUUUGUGGCACUAGAUGGCACCGUCUUCCAGGGUCGAAUGUUACACAUACUCCCUGGAAAACCAAAACCAGAUGAAAUAGAAGUAACAGAAAAAACUUCCUUUAAGAAGAAACAAGAAGCAGAAAAGAAAUCUUUGGCUAAAAGUUCUCACAACUGGAACACUCUGUUUCUCGGUGCCAAUGCGGUGGCUGAUGCAAUGGCGGAGAGAUACGCUACCAGCAAGAGUCAGAUCCUUGAUGCGAGUGGGAAGGAGAGCCUGGGUGUGAGGAUGGCGCUGGGUGAGACGCAGAUCGUGUCGGAGACGAGGGACUUCCUGCUGGAAAACGGUGUCAGUCUGGACAGCUUCAGCCAGGCAGCGGCGCCCCGCAGUAAGACCGUCAUCCUGGCCAAGAACCUCCCGGCCGGCACCAAUGAGCUGGAACUACGGGAGAAGUUUGAUAAGUAUGGAACUCUGGGAAGGUUCCUCCUCCCGCCAGCUCGAGUCUCCGCACUCAUUGAGUUUUUGGAGCCUUCGCAGGCUCGGGCCGCCUUCACCAAGCUGGCCUACACUAAGUUUCAGUACUUGCCUCUGUACCUGGAGUGGGCGCCAGUGGGGGUGUUCACCACGGAGUACAAGGCACCACCAGAGGAAGAACAGGAGAUGGAGGAACAACAGGAGGAGACGGAGAAAGAACCUACAGCUGUGAAAACUGAAGAAACCAAAAAAGAGGUAACCGAAGACGGGGAUUCUGAUGACGAAGAUGAGGAGGAGCAUAGGCCGGGCUGCACACUGUUUGUGAAGAACCUCAACUUUGAUACAACGGAGGAGGACUUCAAGACGAUGUUCGAGAGAUGUGGAGAUGUUAAAUAUGCAACAAUAUCCAAAAAGAAGGACUUCAAAAAUCCAGGCCAGUUCCUGUCGAUGGGGUACGGUUUUGUGGAAUACAUGAAGAAGAAAAGUGCUGAGAAAGCCUUGAAGACAUUGCAGCACGCGAGUCUGGACGAACACCAGCUGGAACUGAAGAUCUCACACCGAGAGACGACUGCCACCAAAACAUCCAACAAGAAAAAGCAGAAAAGCACCAAGCAGAAGUCCUCCAAGAUACUUGUCCGAAAUAUUCCAUUUGAAGUCACACGGAACGAAAUCUAUGAACUCUUCAAAGUGUUUGGUGAGCUGAAGACAGUCAGGCUGCCUAAGAAGAUGAGUGGAACAGGAUCACAUCGAGGAUUUGGGUUUGUCGAUUUCCUCACCAGACCGGAUGCCAAGAGGGCCUUCAAUGCACUGUGUCACAGCACCCACUUGUUUGGGCGACGCCUCGUUCUGGAGUGGGCGGAGACAGAGGAGACCGUGGAGGAUCUGCGGAGGAAGACAGCGGAGAGGUUCCAUGACGAGGGGCCCUCCAAGAAACUGAAGAAGUCGUCCAUCAUGGAGAACCUGGCGUCAUCUAAAGCCUGACUGAAGCUUGUCGGGGGUUACUGUACAUAGCUCUGUACAGAACACGGUCACUGAUUGUAUAGAUGUACAUAGACUACCACAAUAAACAUGAAUAUGAACAUAA